CAUAAUCUAUAAGUAAAGAUGUCCUCCUUUUGUUUAUACGGAAUAUUGUUCCUUAUAUGUGCACAAAGUGUUACAUCAUUUCGAAAAGGAAGUUCGGUCUGCAUUUUAGAUUACGAGGAGGGCAUAUGCAGAGCUCUGAUAAAACGUUUCUACUACAACAGAAUAAAUAAAACUUGUGAAGUAUUUUAUUAUGGCGGGUGUCUUGGAAAUGGAAACAACUUUCUAAGCAAAGAAGAAUGUGAACACAAGUGUAACGGGACGACUUACAUAACAGAAGAUUCAUUCGAAACAACUAAACAAACGGAAACAACAUCAACAUCGAUCGACCAAUCAGAUAGUACUGAAGGAACAACCCCUAUUCAGAAACCACUUGGAGUUGGUGCUAAAAUCUUCUUAGGCAUUUUGGAUAUAAAAAACAGAGUGUCCAAUUUAUUCAACAAAAUCAAAGGUGGAAAAUAACAUGAAUAUCCUCAUUAAUAACAAAUUGUAUUCUUCUUUAACAAUUAUCUAAAUCAUUCUAUAUAGCAAGAAUAUUAGAUGGAUUAUAAUUUGAUAUAUAAGAUAUCAUCAAAAGAACUGAAAUCAUUACAUUGUAGCAAUUUUCAUAAUAAAUAUGUUGAAUGUCAAAUAAUCACCACGAAGUAAUUGAAUAUCUUUAUUGAUCAAUACAAAUUCGGAAGUGAAAACUUUUAGAAAAACUAAAAUUAGUAAUUCAUUAUUGAUUAUUUGUAGAAGUUUUAAUUGAUUAAUUAUUUUGGUAAAACUUAUCCUUCGAUUGUUCUUUUAAAUAUGAUAUAAUCAGUAGUUUCUACAUCUUCAUAGAAUAUUCAAAAAAUAAAAGAAUAUUUAGAGGAAAAAUUGUUUUCAAUAACUUCAUCAUUAGGUUUUAUAGCUUUAAGUGAAUAACAAUGACAAAAUAAGGUAUUCAUAAAUAAAUUUGACAAUGUUAUGUAUUAUAAUCGAUGAACAUUUCCAUCUGUUAUAAUAUAAACACUUCGAAAUACAUAUUAGUUGUAAU